AUGGACGAUAUGCGGCCUAAAACCCAAACCCGGCCACGCACGUCUAGGCACGUGCAGGGUCAGAAUAUGGCCUUUCGAAUCCCGAACUACAAAUCAAAAGAUUCUAUAGCGUGCGGGUCUGAAGCCACUGGACAGGUCUAUCAUUCCCGCCGGUCUCAUCGGAAAUCCCGCGCCGGUUGUGUGAACUGUAAGCAACGAAGAGUCAAGUGUGACGAAGCGAAACCCGGUUGUCUCCGAUGCCAAAAGCAUGGCAUCGACUGUGACUAUACGAGCCAGCCAGCCCGACCUCAAAAGACCAAUAGUAUCGUCUCCCAAUUCAUCAAAACCAACCCUGAGUUGAUAUCGAUUGAUUCUCUGGCUUCUUCAAUGUCUCUAAUGACAGUCGCGGACAAGCUGAAUGAAUUACUGCAAUCACCCUCUGCUACCGGUACCCAGUCGCCGAGACUACUCAAUUCCACAUCAACAGCCCGCACCAUGGAAGCAUUGCAUCAUUUCCACCAAGGCCCAGCCUUUACCGAAGGCCAAACCCCUAUUGGCGUAGUAAUGCGCAGAAUGGUCGAACUUGCCUUUGAAACCCCCUUCCUCAUGCACGCCAUAAUAGCAUCCGCAACAACUCACCUCUGCACCCUCCUCCCAGACAACGAAGACUACCGCCUAGCAGAAGCCUACCACUGGCAACAAACAAUACACCAAUACUCGACCGAAGUCUCGACAAACAUAACCCGUUCCAACAUGGACAAGCUCUACUCCACCUGUCUGAUGAUCACUAUGCACUCCUUCAUCCAAGAAACCUUCAACCCACGCGCCUCCUUCGUCUUCACCACCGACCCAACAGCCUUAACCUGGCUCCGCCUCCAAGGCGGACUCCGCUACCUUCUCCAGCACACGCAGCGCUGGCUCCCGCAGAGCAUGUGGUGGACUGUAUUCAUGGAGUCGCGGCAUCCAUCCCUGGACUUCGAGGAUAAGCGUCCUGGUCGUGUGGGUCUUGAUCCGGACUUAGCGGAUCUUUGUGGGGUUACAGAUGAUUCGACCGUUGAGGGGAAUCCGUGUUUGUGGCCUUUGCGGAUGCUUAUGGGGUUGUUGCCGUUUGAGAGGGGGUCGGGGAGUUUUCAGCUUUAUAAUACUUGGAUGGGGAGGCUGGAGAAUCCGUUCUAUGAGUGUCUGCUUAGGAAGGAGCCGCCCGCGCUGGUUUUGUUGGCUUGGUGGUUGGGGCUUAUGUGUUAUGUUGAGGAAUGGUGGGUUGAGAUGAGGGUUCGCUCGGAAUGUACGGCUAUCUGUAUGUUUCUGGAGGAUAGUUGUGAUCCGCUGGUUUUAAAGUUGUUGGAGUUUCCAGCGUCGUGUUGUGGGUAUUUGCUUCGGCAUGAGCAGGAACGGGCUAGGAUUCUUGAGUUGGAAUGA